AUGCUUUUCUGUUUUUCUUUUUCUGAUUUUUAUUCUGACUUGUUAAAUUCUGAUUUAAAUUAUUUUAUUAUUAUUUUAAAAAAUUAUUUUAAAAAAUUAUUUUUAGACCCAACCAAUUCAAACGGCGAUUUGACCAUCCAACAAGGCCAAACCCAAGUUUUUCUUUUUUCUGGGCAUGGAAUAAAACCAGAAAUUUCACAAGCAGAAAAAUUGGAAUUUGCUUUGAUUGAUUUGAUGGCUGGAGCUGGUAAAGAAAUUACUCAAAACACAACAAUAAAACAUACAACCACUACUUCCCCAACAACAACAACUACAAUAACAAACAUACCAGAAAAUAUUACAGAAACAAUAAAAACAGUUUCUUCUGUUUCUCCAAAACAAACAAAAGUAAAAGAAGCGAGUUCUGAAAUGGAAAAUUCUGAAGAAAAUGUUGAAGGGGAGAAGGAAGUUGAGAAGGAAGUUGAGAAGGAGGUAAUAGAGAAAGAAGAGGAACCAACUGAAGAACAAACAAAUAAAGAAGAGGAUGAAGAAGAGUCUGCCUCCUCGUCGCCUUCCGAAAUACCCAGAACCUCCAUUUUAACCGAUGAAAACUGCUUUGGCGGUUUUGCAUAUCCAGAGGAUUGUAUGCAGUUAACAGCUAAUGGGAAUAUAAAACAAUGUCAAUAUAUGGUGCAAUGGAUAGUUACGCCUGAAUUGGGAAAAGUUAAUUUCCAAUUAAAUGUCAGAAUGCCUUCUAAUCAUUGGACUGGUGUUGGGUUUUCUAAUGAUGGUAGUAUGACCAAUUCUGAUGCGAUAAUUGCAAUUUUGGGUAAAGAUGGAAGGAUAACAUUACAAGACCGUUUUUCGCCUAGCUAUGAUAAACCUUUACUUGAUACAAAGCAAAAUAUAGAAGAAAUUAGUAGCCAAUCAGUCGAUGGCCUCUGGGCUUUAAAUUUCUCUCGUUCUCUAUAUACCCAAGAUGAUUUACAAGAUGCUGAUUUAAGACAAUGCCAACAUUUUAUUUUCUUACAUACAGCAAAUCCUUUGACUUCUGAAAGUGAUGAAAUGAAAAAACAUAUUAAGACACCUAUAAUUUCUGAAAACAUGAUUUGUUUGGGUAAAUGCGGACAAAAAUUGUCUUCUACAACCGCCGAUGUUUCUGUUGAUGUUACAAGUGAAGUGCCGACAACAGAAAAACAACAAGAAACACCAUCUACACAAACAACAUUACCAACAACAAAAGAAACUGAAAAAACAACACAAACAACAGAAAUACAGCAAACAGUUGUUAUAACAGAAACAACAGAGAAACAAACAACAGAGAAAACAAAAACAACUACUUCAACAUUGUCCCGACAACAAGAGAAACCCGAAGACGAACAAAUGAAUAAAAACUUGGUUGAAGAAACACCUGAGAUUGUAAAACAACAACAAAAUGUUGUAGACGAAAAAUACAAAAAGAAAGUAUUUAAUGUUGCAAUUAAACUUCCCAAUGAAAAAUGGGAUGAAAAAUUGGGAGAGCCUGAAUCUGAAGAAUUUUCUUUAAUGUCUCAAAAGUUGAGCAAUUCGGUUGGGGAUUUACAAACAUUGUUUAAGAAAAUAAUGUUAAUCUUAAGUUACAAUCACUCAUCUCUAUUAGAUGGCCCUCACUUCAAAUGA